AUGGCGGGCGGCGAUGGCGGCGGGCGCAGCCCGGGGUCCCGGCCGGCGCUGGCGCUGAGCGGGGCCACGGCGGUGGCGAGCGGCGGGGGGCGGCUGCUGGCGGCGCGGCCCGGGCACAGCGGGUCAGUGCGGGGCCGGGGCGGUGCGGGGCGGGGCGCGGACGGGCCUGGCGGGUCGGAGCGGCGGAGGCCGCCCGUGGCCCCUGAGGGGGCUCGCAGGGGCCCGUGUGUGGUGAGGGGAGGUGUUAAGCUCCUGAUUGUUCUAGUGUCAGUAAUUUUAGGUUUGUUUUUCCCUUGCAGUGAUGAGAGUCUCUUCGUGUACGAUUGCAGCAGUGCAGAGAAACAGCCCUUAGGAGAGAAAGGGCAGGAUGGAAAAGGGACAGAUAAAGGAAGUGAUGACAUCCUGGCUUUUGCCUUCUCCCCAUCAGGAGAUUAUUUUGCCCUGACAGAUGACAACAAGCGCCUGAUUCUGUUCCAUACCAAGCCUUCCUGGGAAUGUGUUAGUGUCAGGUUUGUGAACAGGAGAUGCACAUCCCUGGUUAUCACAGCUGCAGAGGAUAAGAUUUUUAUUGCAGAUAAAUCUGGUGAUGUCUAUUCUUACUCAAUAACAGAACCUCAAGCAGAUGGAAAACUUGAGCUGGGUCAUGUCUCUCUGCUAUUGGAUGUGGCCCUGAGUCCUGAUGACCAGUAUAUCCUGACUGCAGACAGAGAUGAGAAGAUCAGAGUCAGCUUGACAAAGGCUCCCUACAGUAUUGUAUCCUACUGCAUGGGACACAGAGAGUUUGUAAGCAAAAUACUUGUAAUACCCAACUGUCCUGACCUGCUGUUGUCAGCUUCUGGGGACUCCACUCUGAGACUCUGGGAAUAUAAAAGUGGAGAAGAAGUGCACUGCUGUCAGCUGAGUACCAUCUGUGGGUCUCAGGCAACCAAACCAGACCAGAAAUACACCGUGUCAAGAAUAACCUACUGCUGUCAAGGUGGUUAUUUUGCCAUUCUGUGUGACAGUAUUCCCACAGUCUACAUCUUUCAGCUUGAUGCCACUGCCCAACAGCUGGUUUACAAACAGCAGAUCUCUCUGAAACACAAAAGCUGGGAUAUUGCAUUUGAGGAAACAGGAGACCUGUGGAUUUUUCAGGAAGACAAGGAAGCUCCUCUUCUUCUGUACAGAGCAUGUGAUGGACAGUGGAAGGCUGUAACUGAUGAUAAAAGAUUACAGAAGAUGUCAAAGUGCAUUCAAGACAACUGGACAGUGUUUGAAGGUUUUGUUGGUGCAGAGAGCUACUACAGCCACCUCUACAAGGCCUCCUUUGAUAACAUGGAUGAGUACCUGCAGAGGAAGGAGGAGAGGUUAAAGCAGCAGAAGAAGAAAAGGCAGGAUCUGCAGCAUGGUUCCAGUGGGCAGGCAAAAAAAAAGAAGACUGAAGAGUCAUCCCUAUGACUGCUGUGAGCUUGUGACCUUUGCCUUGAGGAGUGGAAGUGAUCCACCUGUGGACUGUUUUUACAUAAAAAGUGAAUUAUGCAAAAGGACUGUUUUAAAAUUUUUUUAUUCAGGUCUUCAGGCAGGCUGAUCUGACAAUAUCCUGUUUGCACCAAAUAAUACAUUUACAAAAUACUUAAACUUUCUGGCAGAAUACAGUGUUAGUGGCUCAGUCCUGGGAAUCUCUGAUGCAUGUUAUAUGAGUAUUGGAGAUGGCAUUUUUCUUGAAACAGGAUUUUCUUUUUGCCUACUGUGUUCAGGCUUUUUCAGGUGGAGACAUGUUGAUUAAAGUGGAUGCAACUUUGUUUUUAUUACUUUUGGUUUGAAUUGUUUUGGGGUUUUUUUUUAACUCUUUUUAAAAAUCUGUUGGUUAAUGUAACUAACUUAGUGUACCUGGUAUGGGAAAGGGAGUGUAAAAAAAAUUCUUGCUGGGUAUGAGAGGUUUUAGCUGAGACUUUGCCUUCUCUGUUUUUAUCCUUUAACUUGGGUUCAUAUGGUUGGGAUUUUGCCUAGCUUCUAAUCCAUUACUUCAUACUUGUGGAACAUCUCUGCAGGAAGAAGUGCAAAAGUUAAUUUUGUAUGCUGCAAAGUAAAAGCAAAACGUGUCAGUCAACGUCGUGUUAUUGGAAGCUCCUUCCAUGGCAGUGUGAUCCUACUGGUGUCUGUGAAAAUCAUUCCAGAGGCCUGGGAGCAAAAUUUGGAGUGCAUCCUGCUUUUUUCAUCGAGAGUUUUUCCAUACUGUAAUUAUCCAAGAGAUACAUCUUCUUGAGAAGUUAUCACCAAGAGCCUUAUGGGGCCACUUGUUGCUUCAUCGGGGGCAGAAGUGUUCAUCUGCCAGAUGGUAUCAUGUUCAUGUGGAAUAUAAUGUCCUUCACAAAACCAGGUGUGGAAAUCUGUACAGUCCAUUAAAAGUACUCAGAAUUAA